CUGCGCAACUGUGAUGACGUACACCAUACGCGACGCUGACAGCGAAUGGUAACUAAUGGACGUAGUUCAACGUUAAAAAGAAAUUCAAUUAUGUACGCCAGCGCGUUGUCUGGUUGUGUUACCAAUCAGUUCUAAAUGCUGUUUAAUCCGUUUUGGAAGUGACUUUGUGAAUUUAAUGCCGACAACUCUCUUGUCCAUAACAGUCGUAUGUUGUCGAUGGUGAGCCAAAUCGAAGUAUUGACAACAUGACUCUACCGGCUUUGCACAACACCGGCGUGCUUUACAGAAGGAUUUUAUCACAAUUCCCCCAAGAUAUCAGUUUAGCCUUUGCCUAUGGAUCAGGCGUUUUCAAACAGCAAGGAACCAGCCAAGGUCAAAUGGAGAAAAAUAUGAUGGACUUAGUGUUUGCGGUGGAUGAUCCAGUCACUUGGCACACCAUGAAUUUGCUGCAGAACCGUAAACACUACUCCAUACUUAAACUACUGGGACCCGCCAUGAUCAGUUCCAUACAGAGUGACCACGGGGCUGCUAUGUACUACAACACGCUGGUGCCGAUGGACGGGCGGAUCAUCAAAUAUGGCGUAAUUAGUACAGAGUGUAUAAUUGAUGACCUCAUGCACUGGAAAACCAUGUAUGCUGCAGGACGGCUUCACAAACCGGUGAAAUUGCUGGUGCAGGGCGACAAUGGGAAGCUACGUGCCGCUCUAGUGGGAAACCUCAAGAGCGCUGUAACGGCCUCAUUCCUUAUGCUGCCUGAAAGUUUCAGUGAGGAAGAGCUUUUCCUGCAGAUAGCUGGUCUUUCUUAUGCCGGUGAUUUCAGGAUGGUGAUUGGAGAAGAUAAAUCCAAGGUGGCCAAUAUCGUCAACGACAACAUGGAGCACUUCCGGAUUGUCUACAGCAACAUCUUACGGGACUGCCCACAAGUAGUUUACAAGCCCCAACAAGGGAAAUUGGAGAUCGACAAAAGCCCAGAGGGCCAGUUCGUCCAGCUCAUGGCGCUGCCUCGCACUCUGCAGCAGAGGAUCACCAAGCUGGUGGACCCCCCGGGGAAAAACAGGGACGUGGAGGAGAUCCUGCUGCAGAUGGCUCAGGACCCUGACUGUGGAGCAAUUGUACAGCAAGGUAUCUCCUCUAUUGUGAAAUCAUCCAGUAUAACACAGAGUAUCAAAGGCAUCGCGACUGCCGGAAUGUGGAAGACUGUGUCGUAUAGCUCUAAGAAACUACUAAAGAUGUGGAAGGGCUGGAGGAGGAAAAAGUCUGUUUCCCAGACCUCCUGAUCCACAUUUGUCCCUGGAAUCUGUCAAUCAUCCUUUUGUCUUAAAUCAUGAUGAAGUGGACUUGAACAUUCACACACACUCUCCUCACAUUGGGCCUCAUUCACUAAUAAAUGUGUAGAAAUGUUCUCACUCUGCGCGCAAGUUGAGCGUAUACGCAAAAUCACCGUCAGACUCAUGACGUGCGUACCGGCCAAUUUUCUUCACACCAUUGUGUGUAUGUUAAUGAAUCAGAAUUCAUACUAUAUUACUUGCUCGUGCCCGUGACAUCCAGUCUGCGUAAACCGCGCCCCUAUUUCCCAUCUCAGCCAAUGUGUGAAGCUUGAAGUCACAACAUGGCUGAUCCAAAAGUUUGAUAACUUUCUAAAUCCAUCCAUCCAUCCAUUUUCUGAGCCGCUUCUCCUCACUAGGGUCGCGGGCGUGCUGGAGCCUAUCCCAGCUGUCAUCGGGCAGGAGGCGGGGUACACCCUGAACUGGUUGCCAGCCAAUCGCAGGGCACAUAGAAACAAACAACCAUUCGCACUCACAGUCAUGCCUACGGGCAAUUUAGAGUCUACUUUCUAAAUCUUUAUCCUAUAUUCAAAAAGUUGGUCACAUCAGAAAGCUUGCUAAACACCAACCGACAACAUAUGACAGUCAUGUUAAUCAAAACAUACAAAAAGACACUGAACAACCGAGACUGAGCAAACACUGCAUACAUUGUUUGUAUACAUAGCAAGGAAUAGAUAUAGCACCACAAAGAGGCAUUGUAGUUGAUAGAAUCCAUAACGUUAGUGUUGGAAGUGAAAGAAAAUAUACACGCCAUGUGCGGACCAGAGUACGCCACAAUUCAACCAUGCCAGCGGCGGCGUGUACUGUGGAUUGAUGAAUAUAUUCACAUUUGCACAUGCAGAAUCACAGAAAAUAUAAAUCAAAUUUGUCGUUGAGAUUAGACAGAAUAUUGAAGCCAUGAAAAAACUCAGAAAUGCUAGUGGUCUAAUUGUACUUCCUCGUUGGCUGUCAUGUCGGGCGAGGGAAAAAAAUACAUGUCAUACUGUACAAGCGCUUCAAUGGGACAAGGGUUAAAGUGAUGAGAAGUGUCCUUUUAAUUGUUAUUUAGGACAAUAAACCCAUUACCAGAUUCCUGGUUUGAGUUAUUAUCUGCAAACUGUUUUUAUGAAUGACUGUUCUCAUACUUUGCGUAUUUUGUGUAAAAAAAUGUUUGAUGUAUUUACGAUGGCUGAUCCUGUAGUAUUUUUGCAUAUAUAUGGUCUGAGGAAGUUCUAAAUUUGUUCGCGGGGUACGAUCAAAAAUAAGUACGAACAUAUUGAUAAAUCACAGGUUUGUGCGUCAAAUGUGCAUACACGUUUUAAGCACAAAUUUGUCCGUAUGCACGGUUGGGAAAUGAGCCCCAUACUUGUUACCACUCUAAGGUGAUAAACAAGGAAAUAAACUUGCCCUCAAUCUGAUCUUUUUUUAUUCUUAAAAACCUCAAAAUCCCACAAAUGUACACAAUAUUUAAUAAUAAACAUUUGUUUGAUUGUCGCAUCAUA